UUCCCUCUUGAGAUAUGGUGUAUUGAUACAUUGGGGUUAGCGCUGCUGGACAAGCGGGCGCACUUGAUAAGAAGCUAGGUGGGGUGACCUUAGUGGGGUGGGGACUUGACGGUCCCGAACACAGGGGUCCCCCCUCUGAUGGAUAACAUCCUGGCCCUUAACUGGGUCCAGUUUGGGACCCGUCCCUAGCUACACAAGUUUUUAGAACCCCUCUAAAAUCACCAUCACAAUAUUUACUGUAUGAUAUACAGCUAAAAUAAAUAGGAUUCCUCAAAAUAAUAUUUAUGUUUUCAUUAUUAAUUUUUCUAUUAGGUAUUUUUAUUUUUCUAUAUUUUUUUUACAUUUUUAUUCUUAUUUUGUCUAUUUUGUCUAUCUGUCUGUCUUGUCUAUUUUUAAUUAUUUUUCGUUAUCCAUACAAUUUUAUUAGUUUAUAUUUCUCUACUAUAUUUUAUUCACUCUUCUUUUGAUUCUUCUUGUUCUUCUGCUAGUUUCAUGGAUUACUUCCCUCAUCUGGGUCACUUAUAUCCACAGUGCUGAUGCACUACACCUAAUUCUGCAUAUUGUUCAGCAGGUUUGGUUCACUUAGGGUUAACAUCUGCUCUCAGCAGGUUUGGUUCACUUAGGGUUAACAUCUGCUCUCAGCAGGUUUGACAGCCUGUGCUCUUGCGAUCCUGAAACACUGCCUCUGCCUCGCACACAGUGUUGACAGUUGCCGGGACAACGGGUCAUGUGACCAGACUGGUCUCAUGACAGGGAUCUCAUAUCUGGAAGUGCUUUCAGUCUCUCACGCAGGCGCAGUAACUUAUUACCCACGCUUGCAGCACCAUUACAUGGAUCAGGUGAAUGCCUCCCCUUCAUUGUUCAAUAUAUAAAUGCAAAAAAACCAAGGACAGAGCAUGAAGGACCCCUUAAUAAUGAUAAUGGGGAGGUUGUCACAGGCGCUAAAGAGAAAGCGGAGCUACUGAAUGGGUUCUUUAGUUCUGUAUAUACUAGGGAAGAAGGAGGAGCUGACAUUGGACAGUGCGGAGAGAGUCACGUGAUACCGGGUUGCUGUGGAUACGUAGGAAGUUUGAGCGGACCAGCUGACGAAGUUUUCUACAUCGCAACUUCCGGUACAGAUGGCCGCGUCCUGCCCGUAUCUACGGCAACGGCGUCAGCUGACCGCGCACUGAUAUGAUGUCAUAACGGAUGUGAUGUAGUUGAGAUGGUCACAAUUGUAUGACACUCCUACUCUGUUGGAAUCUUGAUUGGGGGGAACUAUAUAAGGGGAGGAGGGAUAGUACGACAACGAACCGGAGGAAGCACAGUUAGUGCGAAACGGACGUUGUUCGUGCGGUUUUGGGGUAGAGCACCUGCACUUCAAGUUUUGUAACCUGCACACGCUGGUCAAUAAAGAAGCUUGCGUUGAAUUCUAUGGUGAGCUGCCGUCUUUUUCUGCUUCACUGUUUUGCGACAUAUGGACACUUGAACUUUGUACAGUCUGUGCACCACCAAUUUCACAAGCGCCAGCAGGUGACUGUGCCUUUACGACUACGUUGGGCAGAGGAAGAUUAAGGUGAGGGUUGUAUCCGGGAAGGAAGCAGUGCCAGCUGAUAUUUCUACAUUGUAUACAUUGGACUCUGCUAUAUGCUUUACAGCUAGAGCACGCAGCACUCAGGAUACAGACACCCACUCCUUGUCCCCUACCUACAGGAUCUCCAGCAUGGAGACGGAUGGGGAAUCCUCGACACCUGAAGUCGGCACGGCACUCAGUGUGGGAAGAACAGAUGCAGGAGCCUACUUCACCGCAUGUGAAUGUAAUGAUACCUUACAGAUGCUCAGCUUAAGAGCCCUUGAACAUAAGGUUAUGUCAUUCUCUGAAAAAGAGGUCCGUCUAUUCUGGACGGUCAACUCCCUACGCUCAUAUGAUGAAUGUAAUAGAGCACCGAGGGGUUUACGGAUGUAUAAGGAACCGUCCCAAUUCCUAGAAGAUGACAACUUCUUGGACGAAUGGAAGCAAGCACAUCUUGAACAUUCGCUUCGAUUAAUGAGAAUUGUUUUAAAAAGGAAUGAGGUGGAAUAUAAUCUAGUGGCACAGGAAUUGUGCAGAGCCAGGCUAGAGCUGAGAUCACGUCAUUCCGAGGAACAGUUCACAGCAUUCAUGAAGAAGCUAGAAAAGAAAUUGCUGACCACCCAAGCCGAGACUAAGGAUCGUAAGAGGGAUAAAUUCCUCAGGGAUAAGAUGGAUUUUGAAACCGGCCGCAUUCAUGACUGGGGGAACCGUAAACAGCAAUCAAGAAGAAGAAGUCGUCCUAGAAAUAAGAACAAUGAUCAAUGGACCACCGAUUCUGAUUCGAGCCGUUCAGAUGACCCAGCUAGUGGAAACGCCAGCACCCGCCCCGCAGGAGUCCCAAAAAAACGGGGGACCAACAGAAGGAGGACACGGCGGGGGAGGGGAAGGGGGUCCAAACCGCAGGCAGAAGAGCCAGAAAAGGAAGCAAGUCUCCUGGCGAUAACGGAUAUGGUGCGGAGAGAGUCACGUGAUGCCGGGUUGCUGUGGAUACGUAGGAAGUUUGAGCGGACCAGCUGACGAAGUUUUCUACAUCGCAACUUCCGGUACAGAUGGCCGCGUCCUGCCCGUAUCUACGGCAACGGCGUCAGCUGAUUGCGCACUGAUAUGAUGUCAUAACGGAUGUGAUGUAGUUGAGAUGGUCGCAAUUGUAUGACACUCCUACUCUGUUGGAAUCUUGAUUGGGGGGAACUAUAUAAGGGGAGGAGGGAUAGUACGACAACGAACCGGAGGAAGCACAGUUAGUGCGAAACGGACGUUGUUCGUGCGGUUUUGGGGUAGAGCACCUGCACUUCAAGUUUUGUAACCUGCACACG